UUUCUAAUUUGGAAUUAGAUAAAAUCAGAUAAUAAUUUUUUACCUCUCCCAAAAUACUCGGGUCCUUUUUUCAGUUUAUCAAUUGCUUCUUAAAUGUGUGGUGUUAAAACAUAACUCUGUAAUAAAUAGAGUUACAUUUACAUAUUUGUGUAGGAGCACAUGUAAGAAGUGCAUAGGUUAGGUAUGUGUAUAAGAAAGUGUAUACUGACUAAUACCGAUUACGAAGGAAAGAGGGGCAAGAGCCCAUUCCCUAAAACGUCAACCGAGCGUCAGCUGUUAUUAAGUUAUUAUAGGCGCCCCAUCGGUCGAAAUCGGUUGUGUCUAGCAGCAAACUAGCUUUUGUCCGGCGGUCCUUUGACCCACCGUAACAACUUUUGAAGUACUUUUUCUUCCGAGCCACCAACUAAUUCUAACUUUUACAUCUUCAUACAAAUCCCACCCGCCGUCAUCACUCCCGAUCUAAAUAUUGUCAAAACGCUCAAGCGAAUUUAACAGUUAUAUCGGUCACAGACCACCGCUUUGAUUUCAAGCAGUAACGGUGGUGGCAGCAUCCCGGUUCGACUCUAUCGAACGUCGAAAGCUCCCGUGAACUCGCUAGAAAAAAAAAAAAAAAAGAGAAAAAGAUGCCGCCGAGUUACUCGAGUCGGCGCGGCCAGGCCGUGAACGUGUCACAGCUAUUACAGGACCUUAACAGGGUCCCAGAGCCUCCUGCAGUACCAGAGGAGAACCUACGAAACCUCGACGAUGAACUCGCCAUGUUCACUAAUACCAACUUUAUCGAUUGGGAUGCAAACGAGAGCCACCAACAGCAACAACAGCAACAAUCGUCAAGUGUCAGUGUAGAUACGCAGUCGACGACGUCGCCUACAGAUGACGGAUCCGGACCAAUGGGAGGAGAUUUAGCAGGAUUUGACUUCAACCUGCCAGGAGAUUUCAACGGGUUUGACUUCCACCCUUAUUCAACGCCGAAUGUCUCGGCCUUUUCAGACAACCUGGGGAAUCUACAACCUAUUCAGCCCUCGCCAACUUUCCCUCCCAAUGGUUCGCCGCAGAGCGCCUACGGCCCAUCAAUCCCCCAGACGGGUGACAAGCGAAAGUCUGCUGAUCCCGCCGUCCCACCCCGCCGGCAGCUGUCCUUCGAGGAGCAGUCGCGGUUAGCCGCGGAAGAGGACAAGCGUAGACGGAACACGGCUGCCAGCGCCAGAUUCCGCAUCAAGAAGAAAGCUCGUGAGCAGGCCCUUGAAAAGCGCGAGAAGGAGUUGAGUGAGAAGGUCGGGACUCUCGAGGGACGGAUUCAAACGUUAGAAACCGAAAACAAGUGGUUAAGAGAACUUGUCAUGGAAAAGACGGGCGGAAAUGAGACGCUUAUCUCUACACUAUUGGAAAAGCACAGUGAGAGGAAACCGGCCGGCAAAGAGUCAGAAAGCAGUGCGAAGACGGAAGCCGAGAAGGCCUCGUAGAGUUUACUCAGCAUAAUGAUACCAUUGAAACAUUGAUGAUGGCGUUACGGGGAAAUCAUAUCGGUUGCUUACCGUUUGGGGGGGCGGCGGAAGUUUUGAGGAUAUAUCACGUCUGAUUUUGAAGCAAUUUUUGCAAAGGUCUACCGGCCUAAUAUAAGAUUUUGAGGGUAAAACACCCUACUCCUAAACAUGACUAUGCCUAGUUUCUACCUAGUAAGUUGGCAUUGCCGUGGUAUGAGUUUUCAGAUUAUCCCCAUGAUCAUCUCAUUGUGGUGUUUUUGCACGAUGUCAAGAAUAUCGUUAGGUGAGUGAGGGCAUAUGAGGCUCCCUCGACUUCAUUGGCGUAUUGAAAGCCUGUCAUCUUUUUGUUUAGCGCUUCGGCAAAUCUGUUCCUUUACGGGUUAACCCCCUUACGAUUGCUUAUAAAUACAAAGAUUGUUACUACCCAUUAUGCUAUAGGUUGUC